CGCUUAGUUAUCCUAGAUUCCUAAUAUAGUAGUACAGUGCUGCCUAAAGAGACGGCUGCGAUUUCAACUGCACCCGUUACUAUUACAAACUGUUUAUUAGUGUAUACACCUUAAACCUAAGCGCCUAUUGCACUUAUCUUGAAAUAUUCCUUGUUGCCCUAAGUAUACAAGACAAUGGCACAGACACAGACUAACACAAGUCGACCCAUCCAUCCUUUAGCAUUAAGCCUCGAAGCUUGCAAGACUGACGAUGUGUCCCUGAUAGCUCAAGCUGUCUUAAUUGCCUCUAGCCCUGAAUCACGCAAUACAGUGCAAGAAGUCAUCCAGAACGGCCUUAGACGCUCUGUCGCGAGAAGUGCGACCCGAGUACUGUCCUACCUGCUCGAUCAGGGCGCCGACAUCAGCACGAUAACGGCUGGAACGAUCAUGAGUAAGGAUGAAUUAGUCAAACCUUCACGCGAGGUGCUUGAGAUCCUUAUUGCACACGGCUGGGACAUCGACAGCCGGGGAGCUGAUAGCACCAACUGGCCGUUACCAUGGUACGUCAUAAGGUACCCCGACCUUCUUGUGUGGUGCCUUGCCAAUGGAGCCAGCGUAGAUCUACCUGGCGAUAUUCCACCAGUCCUUGAGAUCGCUGCGGCAGAGGGUACGGUCGUGAGCUUCGAGCUACUACGAGCUAGAGGAGCAUCCUUAGGCCGACGGACGCUACAUCGAGCCGUAGAGCAAGCAGCCAUUUACGCACCAGCUGAUGAUAACUCUGUCCUCACUGCGCUGUUUGAACAGCGGAUGGACAUGGUGCGGCACCUGGUGGACAUUGUCGGGCUUGACGUAAAUGCUGAAGAACUUUGCCCAGGCAAGUUCUGUCGUACGCCGUUAUGCUACGUGGCUUGUCGCAAUGAUGGUAAGGAUGCCAGAGAGUUGAUCUGGUUCUUGCUAGAUCGCGGAGCAGAUCCAAACAGUGUUGGCCCUCUGGUUGGGAACAUCAGGGCUCCAAGUGCCCAACAUGCCCAGUCCAGCCGCAAUACGCGCUUUCAGGAGGCUGUGAAGGAGUGGCAGGCACGGCAGCAUGAUAAUACGGCCAGAUAGAUUUUAUGAGACCUCUGUUUAGGAUAUUACUGAGUGUCUGCCAUUACCUAGGUAGGUACUGAUAGACUACCGUGACUGAGAGACUGCCGAGAAAACCACGCCUGGGGACGCUUUGGAAAGGCCUGCUGGCUCUGUCUGUGACUACCUUAGUGGAGUCGAACUGUUAUAAGUCCUCUCAAAG